UGACUGCUGCGUAGGCGCGUCCGGAGGCUGGCGUUACCGCGGGUCCCCGGGGAUCGGGGCGAUCUUGCAAGUUUGGAUUCGGGUGCGGGUGGGGGUGCUGACUUUGGUAGAUCCGAGCCAAGCGAAGGAGCCCCGAAGGGUUGCAGAGAACUGAGGCCCGCGGAUCUGCAUCAAAGAGAGACAUAUGAGGAUCCUGGAAGCCAGAAAAGAAGGCAUUGGCACUAGACUAAAAAGUGGUUGAACUGUAUAAGACGUCUCUGUAAUUUCAAGUAGAAAAAUGAGUCUUGAAAGUGACAGUAUGGCAUCUAAAAGCAUUUUUAACAUGGACUAUGCUUCAUGGAAAAUCCGCUUGACGUUAGUGGUGGCCGGUUUUUUCUUCUACCUGGGUGUCUUUGUGGUCUGCCAUCAGCUCUCUUCCUGUCUUAAUGCCACCUAUCGAUCUCUGGUAGCUAAGGAGAAGGUUUUCUGGAAUCUUGCUGCCACCCGAGCAGUUUUUGGAGUUCAAAGCUCCAUUGCUGGUGUAUGGGCUUUGCUCGGGGACCCUGUUCUUUCUGCUGAUAAAGCAUAUUCACAGCAGAACUGGUGCUGGUUUAAUAUUGCAACUGCAACUGGCUUCUUUUUCUUUGAAAAUGCUGCUGUUCAUGUGUCAAAUUUGGUUUUCUGGACAUUUGACAUGUUCUUAGUAGUCCAUCAUCUUUUUGCCUUUCUUGGAUUUCUUGGGUUAGUGAUCAAUCUCAAAGCUGGCCACUAUCUAGCCAUGACAACCCUGCUACUGGAGAUGAGCACCCCUUUUACCUGCGUCUCCUGGAUGCUUUUAAAGGCUGGCUGGGCAGAUACUCUGUUUUGGAAGGUAAACCAGUGGUUGAUGAUCCACAUGUUUCAUGGACGCAUGUUUUUGACCUACCACAUGUGGUGGGUAUGUUUUCUGCACUGGGAUGAUCUACUCAACAGUCUGGCUCAUCCACACCUUGCACUUUUCCUUGUUGGACUGGCCCUCCUUACAUUAAUUAUUAACCCAUACUGGACACACAAGAAGACUCAGCAGCUGCUCAGUCCAGUGGAUUGGAACUUUGUACACUCAGGACCAAAAAACAGUCAGUCUGUAAAAGUGAAUGGCCAGACUCUCCUAAGGAAGAGGCAGUAAUUUUGCCAGAACAACCAAGUGCCUGCUAAGAACUGGAAACUAAAUGGGACACAUACAAUGUGAAGUUCUUAAAAAAAUUUUUUUCAAAUCAGUAACCAGUAGUGAAUAGAUGUUUGCUUUGAUUUUUGUGUCUUCCUGGUAUUCAUUUUGAAGUAGCCAUGAAGUAUUUUCUUUUUUUGUUUUUAAACCUCAGUUUGCUUUUUAUAAGUGGAUUUUGCCCCAUAACAAGUUCUUUUGACUUCCAGGUGCAGUAAAUUUUACCCAUGUUGGGUUCAUUAAUUGUAGCAUUAAGAGAUAUGAGGCAUAGAUCAAAUUUAAAGUUCCUCCAUAAAUUUGUCUCUUCAUAUAAUGAACUCUCAAAUUGUGGAUUAACUUUGAGGCAGCAUUUAUUUUCUGUUCUUGUUUGUCUAAGGAACUCUCAGAUUAUGGAUUAACUUUGAGACAGCAUUUAUUUUCUGUUCUUGUUUUCAUAUAGUAAUGUGAUUUGUAGCCCUGUUUUAAUAUUACAGUUACAUUUUUUUAAAGCCACAUGUGCAACAGUGUCACCUAGUGGCAGAAUGAUACAUGAACCAGCUGAUUCUCCAAGGUUCAAAUGACAAACCAUGGAGAGAAAUAAUGGUUCUUGAAAUGAAGGGAUUUUGUUGUGGGGUUGGAAUUUCAAAGCAAAUGUUUGAAAGAACUUUAGUGCUCAUUAAGAGAUGUGAAAAAUUUCUGAUUCGUGUAUUUUAGCUAUAAAUUUGCACCCAAGAGCAGGUCCUCAUAGUGUCAUAAUAGUUCAUAUAAAAUGCUCUCUCUGUAUAAUGUUCUACAAGACACAAGAGUAGUUACUUUGUUUUUUGGACAAGUAUAUUUCUUCAGGUGAAUCUUCAAAAUGAAGGCCAAAUUGAGUAGUAAUAAUAAUUAGCUGAGGUUAUAAAUGAAUUAACUUCCAUAUUUUUCUGCAAGGUGUAUCUUUUUACUCCUUUGAUGUUGAAUGAUUUUAUUUUUUUUUUAUUUGGGGUAAAUACUCAGUGAUUCCUUAUUGGAAAACAAAUGGUGAUGCUGAAAGUAAUUUCUCUGAGAGUUUGUUUUUUUGUUUGUUUUUAAGAUUGUGAUAUCUAGGCUGCCUGUCAAAAUAUUAGUUCCUUUAUUUUUAGCAUGGCAAUAUACUAAAAGUACUAAUGUACUAAGAGUUAAUUCUGGUUUAUACUUGUUUAAAUAUGUCCAUAAUCAUUGGCAUAUAGGAACUGGAUCUGUGAUUUCAUUCACCUAGGAAACUCUUUACU